CGGCCCCUUUAUAUAAGGUGAGCCGCCGCGAUCCUUGGUCAUCGCAACCCAAUCGGCAGCAGCCAAGUUCUCCAACCAAAACUCAGCGAUCACCUGCUGCUAGCUCCUUCAUCUGAUCGAGCGCCAUGGCCUGCACUCAGGAGGUGGUGUUCGACUUGAACCUGAUCGAGAACAGCGCGCUGGAGGACGGCCUGGCCGGCUGGGCGCCGGUGGGCUCGUGCACGGCGCUGUCCGUGCACGAGGAGGAGCCGGCCAAGGUGCCGACGGAGACGAUCAACGACGUCGGGGAGGACUACCGGCCGAGCGGCCGCUACAUCCUCGCGUCCGGCCGCGCCGACGAGGCGGACGGCCUGCGCCAGGCGAUCAAGGGCGCGCUCAAGCCCCGGGUCACGUACCGCGUCUCCGGGUGGAUCAGCCUCGGCGGCGGCGGCGCCGCCGAGGGGGCCGGCCACGCGGUGCGCGUCAACCUCCGCGUGGACGACGAGUGCGUCGUGGAGGGCGGCGCGGUGUGCGCCGAGGCCGGCAAGUGGGCGGAGAUCAAGGGCGCGUUCCGGCUCAAGAAGAGCCCGCGCGCCGCCGCGGUGUACGUGCAGGGCGCGCCCGCGGGCGUCGACGUGAAGGUGAUGGACCUCCAGGUCUUCGCCACCGACCGCAAGGCACGGUUCAGGAAGCUCAGGAGGAAGACUGACAAGGUGCGCAAGCGCGACGUCGUCCUCAACUUCGGCGGCGCGGCGGCGUCGGGCAUCUCCGGCGCGUCCGUCCGGGUGAUGCAGAUGGACAGCAGCUUCCCGUUCGGCGCGUGCAUCAACCCCAGCGUCAUCCAGAACCCGGCCUUCGUGGACUUCUUCACCAAGCACUUCGACUGGGCCGUGUUCGAGAACGAGCUCAAGUGGUACCACACGGAGGCGCAGCAGGGGCAGCUCAACUACGUCGACUCCGACGCGCUGCUCGACUUCUGCGACCGCUACGGCAAGCCGGUGCGCGGGCACUGCAUCUUCUGGGCCGUCGAGAACACCGUCCAGCAGUGGGUGAAGAGCCUCGACAAGGACCAGCUCACGGCGGCGGUGCAGGGCCGCCUCCAGAGCCUGCUCACCCGCUACGCCGGCCGGUUCCCGCACUACGACGUCAACAACGAGAUGCUGCACGGCAGCUUCUACCGCGACCGGCUCGGCGACGACAUCGACGCCUUCAUGUUCCGGGAGGCGGCGCGGCUGGACCCGGGCGCCGCGCUGUUCGUCAACGACUACAACGUGGAGGGCGGCAACGACCCGAACGCGACGCCGGAGAAGUACAUCGAGCAGAUCGCGGCGCUGCAGCAGAAGGGCGCGCCCGUGGGCGGCAUCGGCCUGCAGGGGCACGUCACCAACCCGGUCGGGGAGGUCAUCUGCGACGCGCUCGACAAGCUCUCCGCCGCCACCGACCUCCCCGUCUGGCUCACCGAGCUGGACGUGUGCGAGUCCGACGUGGACCUCCGCGCCGACGACCUCGAGGUGGUGCUCCGGGAGGCGUAAGCGCACCCGGCCGUCGAGGGCGUCGUGUUCUGGGGGUUCCUGCAGGGGCACAUGUGGCGCCAGGACGCGUGCCUCGUCAACUCCGACGGCACCGUCAACGACGCCGGCGAAAGGUUCGUGGAUCUCCGGAGGGAGUGGACGUCGCACGCGCGCGGGCUCAUCGACAGCGCCGGACACUUCAAGUUCAGGGGGUACCACGGCACCUACGUCGUGCAGCUCGCCACGGCGACGGGGAAGGUGCACAAGACCUUCUCCGUGGAGAAAGGGGACACCCCUCUCGUGCUGGACAUGAACCUUUGACGUAACGAUCGCUGCUACCAUCCGCCACACCCGGCCUAGUUACAUUACAUACAGCCUUUGAAACGAAGGUCCUAGUUAUACUGAUAUCAUACACGUAUAUAUUAUGUAUAUUGAUUUGAUCGAACGGAGUGCGAAAGGAAAUGUACCGCAAGCAGAAGGCACUCUGUAAUUUUACAAUUCUACGAUUGGGUAUUGUAAGAGAAACUUAAGGUAUUGUACUCCCUUAAGAAUUAUUGGUGAUGAUGAAUAAAGUGAACGAGCUAUUCCUCGUUUUAUUGCAAA